AUGGCUAAUGAUUUUGGAAACCUUUCGCGAGCACCCCUGCUGCCACUGUUGGCAGUAGGAAACGAACACUUUAGCGAUAAUUUACCGCUGUCUAUGCUCGAGCAACGCAGCCUCACACAGACGUCACCAGUGAACAACCCAGAGUCUACAAACUUCAUGCCGCCUGGGAUCAACUAUGCGGGCAGUCACACGGGCAAUGAUGCUACCGGACACGGCGAAGGGGAUAUCUCUCAGGACGACGCAUCGGAGAAUGUCCAGAGGCCCAGGAAGUGUCAUCGUUGCACUUUUCCCAACUGCAACAAGAGCUUCUACCAGAAGACGCAUCUUGACAUCCAUAUACGCGCCCAUGCCGGUGAUAAGCCAUUUCAUUGCGCGACACCUGGGUGUGGCCAGUCCUUCUCGCAUCUGAAUAACCUCAAGUCACAUGAAAGGCGUCACAAUGAAGAGCGAUUAUACAAUUUACAAGAAAGGCACGCUUCCGAGGACUUGAACACAGCUUCCCAUAGCUCUCUCCUUGAGCCAGAAAGCCUCGUGUCUGAUGAUACACAGCAAGGGUCUGCUCGCAUCGACGCGCCCAAGAAUCGCACGUCGAUUCUGUCGCUUCCGCGUCCACUAAAAGGGCUGUCGGGAGCCCUCGACACACGGCUGCAACGUUGGAUCCGUGGCAGUCGUUUCCACGGUUGGCGGAUGGGGGUACUGCUUGGUUGCUGUAUGUCCACCUUCGUCCUGUGCUGCAACAUAUCUAUGAUUAUUGUGGCAGCCACCACUGGAGAUGGUUACGAUACUGGGGGCAUAGCUAGUCUCAAAGUUGGUGAUGAAAUUACUAUCUCACGAUGGAACACGGCAUUGCACGUCUUGAUCAACGCACUCAGUACGAUGCUACUCGCUGGCUCAAACUACACUAUGCAGGUUUUGAGUUCGCCGACAAGGCAGGAUGUUGACGCUGUUCACGCUCGGGGAGAUUGGCUCGAUGUUGGAAUUCUCAGCCCCCGGAACUUAAGACUUAUUCCUCGAAAACGUGCAGCACUCUGGUGCAUGCUAGGACCGUCGUCUAUCCCUCUGCAUUUGUUUUAUAACGCUUCCGUUUUCAAGGUCAUCACGAGUUCGCCAAACGAUUACAGAAUUUUUACCUUGGAUGUAACAUCAGAUGGCUGGAAACGUGUAAAUUCAACUACCGACGUCGGCAGCUGGACUGGGGGCAACAACUGGAACCUCACAAACAGCCGGUGGACCGACGUGUACAACAGCGAAUUUUUGCCAUUACACGGUGAUCUAUAUCUCGGGGUAGACCGGGUGGCCUUCGACACUACGCAGAAUCUCACGAAUCAGGAUCUAGCAGAAACAGUGUCAAAGUAUCUGUCGCUCAACGUAUCUGGACAUCGGACAUACAUACAAAAACUCAUUAUGGAGUCGUCAGUAUGGAUAAGAUACGAGCUUCAGCCAGAUGACAAUUCACCGAGAAUGAACGUUUCAGCUCAUGUAGUACAAGCAGCUUCGGAGAAGAGGGGCAGUCCACCCAGUAGAGUGGAAGUCAGCCUUUAUUUCAUGCUCGUCGUCGUGUUUUGUAAUCUAAGCAAGCUGGGCAUCAUGGCUUAUGUCUUGAUCACUGACCGUUCGACAUUUCUUGUCACUUUAGGAGAUGCUGCAGCAUCCUUCUUAGAGCGUCCAGAUCCUCACACCAUUGGCGUGGGCAUCCUCGGUCGGGAAGAGCUGCUUAUUACUUUGGGUCAUCCACCUAGCCAUCCUAUCUCGAAUCUUGAUGACAAGGCAGAUUUGGAUUCACGUGUCCAAGGCGUCUGGCUUCCACAGUCACGGUCAUAUUUCACACCAGUUCAUCGUGCAGCGAAGGUGUGGUACACGAUGUUGUUGCUCACCAUCGCUCUUCUGAUCGCGUUGGCACCAAUAUACUCUAUCGACGAUGACGGAUCGAGGGGCUCUUGGAAUUGGGGUUCCGCAUCGGAUGACGACUUGUCACUUGGAUCAGAAGAACGAACUGGUGUCGCUACUCUAUGCAACGCCUGGCUUGCCAACGUACCACAGCUGAUGCUAUCUUUCGGCUACCUUACGGUGAACAUGAUCUGCACCGCGAUGGCUGGAGCUGUUGAAUGGAAUCAUCUCGCAACCUCUCGAAAAGGCCUUCGAGUCACGAAACCAGCUCAGGACCAGCGAAGCACUUACUUUUCACAGCUGCCAUACCGAUGGAGUCUUCCACUUAUGGUCACCAGUGGAACACUGCAUUGGCUACUCUCUCAAAGCUUUUUCCUCGUGCGAACAGACUUCUACGAUCGCGACGGCAAUCUUGUCAAAUAUCCCGUCGACGGAACGAUAGGUCCAGCCGCAAAGUCGGCAUGUGGUUUCUCUGCACUGAGUCUCUUCGUGUUGCUCUUCGCUUCACUUGCAUUGCUCUGUGUUGUGGGUUUCGUUGGACUGAGGACAAUGUCGGUGAAGAUGCCCCUUGCAGCAUCUUGUAGUCUCGUGAUAAGCGCCGCCUGCCACCCCUCGCCCACAGAAGCCAAUGUACACCUCGCCAAAGUCAAAUGGGGCGUCACUCGAUACGAGGAGAUCAAAGGCUUCCCGCACUGCUCACUCUCGUCUGAAGAUGUCACCAUACCACAGAAGCGAAAGAUUUAUCGCUGA